UUACAAUGCAUAAUUUUCUAACGAGAGACUCCAAAUAAACACAGCCGUGCGUCUGCCAUAUGUCAGAAUUAAAGUGUUCAUCAUUAAUUGUACUGGGUUGUCAACACAUAUAUGUGACAGUAAUGCUAAAUGGAGCGUCAUUGUCACAACGCUUACGAUAGGAUCAGCAUCAGAUACACUGCCUAGCUCAACUACCAAGUGAUGUACAUUAACUUCAUUCAUCAUUGUAACUGAAGAUGGCACAUACGAUUUAAGACUCUGGAAAAGAAAAAAAAAGACAUUUUAUGAAGACUGACAUGACCUUCCGUCUGUGAAUAUCUCAUUCAAAAUAUGGUCACAAUUAUGAACGAAUCUAGCAGAGACGGAUCGCCACUUUCGGAAGACAUUAUCAGCAAUCCAACAAAUAUGGAAAAAGACCAUACUGAUAUGUCUACGAUCCUCCCAGAAGUUCUCUCUCAGACACAUAUGCGGUUAGCAAAUGGGACAUAUGUCCGUCAAAAUCACGUAGGCAGUGUGCUUCUACAGGGUGUUCCGAUUGUAUCCCUCUUCAUUGAUCAAAAAGAAAGACUUUGUCUAGCCCAGAUUAGUAACACACUACUGAAGAAUUACAGUUAUAAUGAAAUACAUAACAGGCGAGUCGCUUUGGGCAUCACCUGUGUACAGUGUACUCCGGUACAGCUCGAAAUCCUGAGGAGGGCUGGGGCCAUGCCCAUCUCUUCACGCCGAUGUGGUAUGAUCACACUUAGAGAGGCCGAACGAUUGGUCAAAUCCUUCUUAGAAGACAAUUCGCCCCCGAAGUUACCCGACAAUUUUCGUUUUGACGUUAAACACGAGUGUGGCUGGGGUUGCGUUGGACAAUUCGAACCAUCCCGAUAUAACAGUUCAAGAGCAAAAUGCAUCAAAUGUAAUGUUUGUAAUGCAUACUUCUCCCCUAAUAAAUUCAUAUUCCAUUUCCAUCGUACACCCGAGUCUAAAUACAAUCACCCCGAUGCUGCUAACUUCAAUUCAUGGAGACGUCAUCUGAAGCUUUGCGAUCCUAGUGAAAAAGACGAGAUAACCUGCGCAUGGGAAGACGUAAAGGCUAUGUUUAAUGGCGGAAAUCGGAAGCGAGUCAUGUCUAGUAGUAAUGGACACUCGAGCCGCGUCUUACCCUCUAAGUUGGAGCCAUCCGAAAAGAAAAGUCGACUUAGACUUGGAGAAUGCGUAGUUAACAAGCCAAUGUAUCCUUCUCCAUAUUCUCCCUUCCCUCUUUUGUCACUCCCGGGUAAACCAUACCAGUUUGGACAACUCAACCAUUCACCUCCUUUCAGCCUGGGUUUACCAUUUAAUAAGGAAAGCGGCGUUGACACCACAAAGGCCGCUUCCUUACAAAGUACCUCAUGGGGUAUCCACGGUGUUCUGCCCACAUACAACAUGUUAUGGAACUCUCAGAUGGGCGCCCAUCACCGUAACAGUAUCAGGGGGGCUAUGUACCCGUUUAAGGACAUCCACAAUCAGGACACGAUAGAUAUGUUUGAUAACGGCAACGAUAACGACCUCUCGUCGCCGGAUCAUAGUCCCUCCUAUAACAAUUCGGACGGGGAGAGGUUCUCGGCCUUCCGAUUAGUGAAAAAGACUGAUGAUCAAAACGAUAGUGCUAGAAAUAGUGAUAGGGACGACGAUGAGGAUUCGGACGGGGAAAUUAAUAUCACUGACGAGGGUAGGAAUGAGGAUGCAGAUGAUAAUCUACAUCAGGAUACUAGCAGCGAAGACGAAAAGGUUGAUAAUGUAUCAAGCCCUUGUGGAUCUAGGUACAGUGAAAGAAGCUGCCGUAUGAUGUGUUCGCCGGAGUAUGUAACUACCAAAGAACCAACAGAGGAGAGGGAGGAAAAACAGGAUACCUCGACUAAUGAAGAAGCUUCAACUAAAACCUGCAACGUUUCCAGCAAAAAUCAAGAUGAAUUGGCACCAGAGGCAGGCAAAACCUCUAACGACGGUGAGACCGUUCACAUAGAGAUGUCGACAGCAGCUGACGAUAUCAAUCUCUCCAAAGAAGAAUUACAACUGAAGCUACGAAAAGAGAUCGAUACGAGAAGAAAAAUAGAAAAAGACAUUGAGCUCAUGAAAGAAACAUUUCAAGAGGAGGUUAACAGAGAGCACAGUUAUAGGGAUGAAAUCACACAACAGCUGCAGAUAGUGCGAGAUACCCUUACAAAUGAGCUAGAGCAGGAACGACAGGUGCGGUUUUCCCUACAACAGAAAUUGAAAGAGGCCCAUGACGCACUCCACAACUUCUCGUGUAAAAUGCUGGCGUCACGCCAGUGUGACGAAUGCACGUUCAAGGAAGGUGAAAUUCCGCGCCAGUGAUUGGUCAGACAAACGGAAAAAAAGCUUUAAACUUAAAUAUUGAAAGUCACGUGAUCUCGUCAUGUUUUAUUUCUGUAUAUAUUGGUACUUGACUGUAAUUCCAUCCAUUCACCUGUUACUGUUCAUAUUGUCCUACCAAUCUACCAGUAGAACUGCUUUAUCUUAACUGUCUUUGUGAUGUUUAUAGAAAGUUCUAGUCCUUGUGAUGUUUAUAAGAAACACAGGGAUUUGUCACGGAUUCCGAACUCACGGUCCACACACACACACACACACACACCCUCACACACGUAUAAAAGUACUAUUCGUGACAAGUCCCUGUGAUAAGAAGUGCUAGUGGAACUAAAGAAAUAUGUAUUGUACCCCAAAGUGACUCUAAUUAUUGCUUUUUUGUCAUGUUGAUGUGCAGUUGUAUGGGUUUUUUUAUUUUUAAGUUCAUUGGAACGAGUUGUUACAAUAAAUUUCAUAAAGAUA